GAUAAAUAUACAUUAUAUAUUUAUAUCUGAAAUAAAGAGAAGCAAUCAAAUUGACGAUAAGAUUGUACUUGAGAAAUCUGCGUGAUGAGAAAUUUGUCAUCACAAAGAGACAAUACUUGUUGCUUUUCAUAUUACUCUUCCUACAUUGUAAUCAUUCCUUAAUCUUAAUGAGCUGAAAACGAAAAAAAGCGGAAGCGCCAAGAUCACAUUUAUUAAAAUGGAAGUAAUACCUGGAAAAAGGAGAGACAGUUUUAUAUAUGUAUAUGAGGGAUAUAAAUAUAAUAUUGAUAAAAGAUAUACUCAUGUAUAUCGCUGUGCAAGAAGACGCAGUCAUUUAUGUAGAGGCGUAUUAAUGGUACAAAAUGAAAAAUUUAUUUUAGGAAAUACGCAUAAUCAUCCAAAUGAGCCUCAUGUUAUAGAUGUUUUCAAAUUAAAAAGAGAAAUGAUUCAAAUGUCUAAACAUACCACUGCAACAUCCAAAGAAAUAUAUGAUACAAUUUCUCAAAAGAAUCAAAGUGCAGCAGCAAAUAUUUCAUAUAAUGCAAUGAAAACUCUGUUAUCAAGAGAAAAAGUUAAAAUGCGACCUCCAGUACCUUCAAAUGUUUGUGAUUUAAAUGAUUUACUUAAAGAAUAUGAAUUUACAAAACCUGUUUAUAAAAGCUGCAUUAUAUCUGAAGACAACAAAUAUUCAUAUAUUUUCACUACUGAUAAACUUUUAAAAUUAUUAGAGAAGAGUUCUGAAAUUUAUGUAAAUGGAACGUUUCCCGCUAUACCCAGAAUGCCAAAGUUUGCCAAAUUAUUUUCAGUACAUGUGCGGUACAUGGAGAAGGGUGUUGUAGUAUUACUUAUUCUAUGUGAAGCGAAAACAGAAUUUGUUUACAAUUCGAUAUGGAAAGAAAUAGUUAAAUUGAUUCCUAAGUUGCAAAACAAUUUACGUUUUAUAAUAAUGGAUUAUGAAAAAGUAUUAAUGAAUACUCUUCAUACACAAUUUCCUCAGGCAUCUCUAUAUGGCUAUUGGUUUCAUUAUUGCCAAGCAGUUUUAAAAAAAUGGAUACAGUUAGGACUUACCGUACCGCAUAAGGUAGUGUCCAUAGCAAUGGCGUUAGCAUUAGCACCACCAGAAAUGUUUUCACAAGGUUUAACUCUUAUGCAAAUAAUUACAAAUAAAGAAUAUUAUUUUUAUCCUAAUAUGUUGCUUUUUAUGGCAUAUAUGAAAAGUACAUGGCUCCCGAUAUUAGAAAAAGUUUGCGUAUAUCGCUGCCCAAAUAGGACCACUAACUUUGUAGAAUCAUUUCAUAAUAUCAUGGGACAUAAAAUGCAAACGGUUCAUCCAAAUUUAUGGAUAUUUUUAAAUAAUGUUUCUAAACUAAUUAUGAAUCAAGAAACCAAUUAUGAUCGUGUAACAAACGGUCAACAAAUGACAAACAUCCGUUUUCCGUCCAGCAUGUUUAGAAAUAUAAAAAUACGAGACGCACAAAAUUAUUUAUCUUCUGGUCUUUUUUCUUUAGAACAAUUUUUGCAAGUUUUUGAUAAUGAAAUGAAUUAUCAGCAACAUCAAAUGUCAUCAUUGAUUGAUCUUGGUGUUGAAGAUGAGGAAAUAUAUACUGAUUUGCUUACAGAAGAAGUUUCAGUAUCUAAUUCAGUUUCAACUUCUGAGUUCCAUAUCGAAAAAAGAGAUAGAGAGGCGAAGACGAACGAGAGAGCAAUUUCAACGAAGUUAAAGCUAGGAAAAAAAAAGUUUAGGGAAAUACUCACGAUAACGCAGUUGAAGAUAUGGAAAAAGAAGUUGAAGAAAAUAUUUAUACUAAUGAAGUUAAAGCUAGGGAAAAAGAAGUCGAAAAACAUACUUAAAAUAAUAAAGAACAUAUUCACGAAGUGUCUGAAGAUGAUUAUGGAUACUGGCUUACUAAAAAGAGUACAGAAAAAGGAAAUGCUACAUUUUUUUCUGUAAAAUGGAUUACAGGUAAAAGCAGAUACAUAAUGAAAGAAAAUGUACCAUAUGUUUAAAGAAAAAAUCUAACAUAAUCUUCAUAUCACGUGGAUAUGUUGCUUCAAAGUUACGUACAGAAGUUAAAAUAUGAGAGAUGUUCUAUUUGCAGGAACACUUAUCAUCGGUAUUAUCAACGAUAAAUAAUACCAUAAAUCAGAUAAAGGGUUUCAAUUUAAGAAUAUCCCUAUCUACGUCUUGACAAGAGCGCGAUGUAAAGUUAUUUAAACUGCCCAAUUUUUUAUCUCUCCUAAAUAGUUAAUAGCCAUGACAUACAAGUCACCAAAACUUCACAGAAUUGGUAUUUGGGAUCAAUAAGAGAUCGUAUCAUGUAACCAGUUUGCCAUUCUCUUUCCAUUCUCUAGUGUAGAACUGUCAUAAUGGAUAAAAGUCAUUAUACUACGUCACUAUAUUAAGCUUACUCAACACUUCACGACAGCAAAUCAGAAGCAUCAGUGACUAUGUUUAGCAGUAAAAACUGAUCAGAAUAUCUUAAGAUAUUAAGGAUGAUAUUAAGGUUCCAUGAUAGUCGGCAUUUCAGAAAACGGAAUUUUAAAAGAAUAAACUGGAUAUAAUAUAUAUCCAAAAUAAAAAAUAGAUGACGAGAAUAAAUUUUAUUUUCAAUUCACUAAUCGACGCUCACAAUCAGUCUGCAUGAGGAU